GAAGUAUUUUCUGAACUGUCACCAUUAUUGAAAGUUGGCAGAUUGGAGAUAUUUAAAAUAUUUAAAUAUUUUAAAAUAUUUCACGGAUGGACAACAUUUCAAAAUUACUGCUGGACAUUCUAGAAGAGCUGAAGAUAGAGGACCUGAAGAAGUUCCAGUGGCAUCUGUCCAACAGUGUAGAAGAUGACAAACGCAUCCCAAAGUCUCAUCUGGAGAAUACAGACAGACUUGACACUGUGGACAAGAUGGUGCAGAAAUAUGGCCCAGAUGGAGCUGUGGAGAUCACACUGGACAUCCUGAAGAAGAUGAACCACAACCAACUGGCUGAGACCCUGAGAAUCAAACACAGUGAAAAUAAAGCAGGUGGAGACAAAUGUAAAGAGUCGACUGCUAAGAGUCCAGCAGAUGGAGGAAAAAGUGAUUUCAGCAGGAGAAUGAAAAUGAAAUAUAAGCAAAAAUUUGGGAACUUGUGUGAGGAGGCUCCAAUAGAAUGUGAUCGUGUGCCUAUAAAAGACACUUACACUGAAGUUUACAUGAUCAAAGGAUGCACAGGAGGCGUGAACACAAAACACGAAGUGAGACAGGUAGAGGAAUUUUACCCCAAAACAGAAGAAACACCAGUCACACUCAGUGACCUCUUCAAAGUGCAGUCUAUUGAAAACAAGCAAGGUACUAAAGUCCUGACAUUGGGAAUAGCUGGAGUGGGAAAAACAGUCUCUGUGCACAAGUUCAUUCUUGACUGGGCUGAAGAGAAGUGCAACCAGGACAUAGAUUUCAUUAUGUACUUCCCAUUUCGAGAGCUGAACUUGAUAAAGGAUGAAAAGUACAGCCUCUCAAAACUACUUCUUUACUGCCAUCAAGAACUCCAUUCUGGAGAUGAAAAGGAGAUAUUAAAUGAAAAGCAUCAGCUGCUUUUCAUACUGGAUGGACUGGAUGAAAGUAGAAUUCCUCUAGAUCUUCAUCAGAAGAAGGUAUCUAAUGUGAAUGAAAAGACUACUCUUGAUAAACUAAUAACAAACCUCAUAAAUGGAGAACUGCUUCCUUCUGCUCUCCUCUGGAUCACUUCACGACCUGCAGCAGUCAGUAAGAUAAAUGACCAAUACUUUAACCUUGUUACAGAAAUCCAUGGAUUCAAUAACCCACAGAAGGAGGAGUACUUCAGGAAGAGAAUCAGAGAUGAAGAUCAAGCCAGCAGAAUUAUAUCACACAUUAAGACUGCAAGAAGCCUUCAUAUCUUGUGUCACAUACCUGUUGUCUGCAGGAUCUCAGCCACCGUGUUUCAGAAAAUGUUGAAGGAAGAUGUGGACAUGAAAAAUGCUCCAACAACUCUGACAGAAAUGUACCUACAUUUCCUGCUGUUUUUCACAGAUCAAAAGACUAAGAAAUACAACACAAAGCAAAGCACUAAAAAUGCAGUUUCAUCUGAGACAAAAAGAGAGGUGCUGGAUAUUGUGAAGCUUGGAAAGUUAGCCUUUCUUCAGCUGCAAAAAGGACAACUUUUGUUCUAUGAGAAAGAUCUGGAAGAAUGUGGUAUUGAUGUCUGUGAGGCUUUAGUGUACUCUGGAAUUUGUACACAAAUUUUUAAACAGGAAGGGAAGAUCUACAGCUUUGUGCAUUUAAGCUUCCAGGAGUUUCUUGCUGCUGUAUUUGUGUUCCUAACAUUCAGGGAUGAAGGCAACCCACUCCUUAAAACCCCAAUGGAGAAAAUGAAAUGGAAGUUAAAACACAGACUGUGUGAUCUGCUUGAGACAGCAGUAGAUAAGGCCACAAUGAGUGAAAAUGGACACCUGGACCUUUUCCUUCGUUUCCUCCUCGGUCUCUCACUGGAGUCCAAUCAGAGGCUCCUGAGGAGUUUACACCCAGAACUGGACAUCAGAGAAGAGAGCUUAGAGCAGACUGUGAACUACAUCAAGAAAACCAUCAAGAGAACAAAAUCCUUUGAAGAGACUAUCAAUCUAUUCCACUGCUUGAGUGAACUGAAAGACAACUCUCUGAUAAGUGAAAUACAGAUCUUCCUGAACUCAGGGGACCUCUCAACACAGACACUCUCAUCUGCACAGUCUUCAGCUCUGGUGUUUGUGCUGCUGAUGUCAGAGGAUAUUCAAGAGAAAUUUGAGCUGAAGAAAUUUAGGUCAUCAGAUAAAGGACUGAAGGAAUUACUUCCAGUGUUGAAAAAUACCAGGCAAGCUCUACUAUCUGGCUGUGGUCUCACUGAAGAGUCUUGCAAAUCCCUCACAUCAAUUCUACAAACAGAAAACUCACUGAGAGAGCUGGAGAUGAAUAAUAAUGACCUGCAGAAUUCAGGAGUGGAGCAGCUCUGUGCUGGACUGAAGAGUUCACACUGUAAACUGGAGAUUCUCAGGUGA